GAGGGAGAAAUGGCGGAGUCUCCUCCUUCGCCGUGCCGUCUGAAGAACGGCUUCAUGCUCGUCGUCGCGUUCACAGGACUCUUCCUCUUUAUUUCGUACGUAAAGUAUGCCUCAAUAAAGAGCUGCGGUGCCGUCACAGUAAGGCAGGACUUUAUGUCGGCGUGGGGCUGCACCAGACAAAGGCAAACUAGCCCCGCUACAAUACGAGUGGGGCUUUCCCCGGCAUCAAUGGCCAGAAACGAAACAGAUGGGCUUCAACCUGUAUCAGUGGCCAGUAACGAGGCAGAGGCAGGGAAGAUGUAUAGACAGAUUGGAAUGAGUAUGUAAAUCACAGUCACAUCGUGAAUCAGAGCAGCCCACACUGCUCACCGCCGCCUGCGUUCCACUCCUGGGAGAGAGGAACGGUGACACAGAUGUGGAUGCCACUCAAAAAAGACUGCCACAAGUUGAGACAGAAUCCAGCACAAG